AUGAAGUCACUAUCGAUCUUUCACUGCGUUAGCCUGGGUCUGAUGGGUGUCUUGGGCCUUGUCAAAGAGCUCCGCUCCGCGACGGAAAACUCAGCUUCCUGUUGUACCGCCAUUGAGGCAGAAUACCCAAAUCAGGUGAUAUAUCAGGUUGAUGAGACCUACGAAGAGGCGAAUGCCCGCUGGACGCAGAAUGCGCAGCUGGCACCCACAUGCAUCUUCUUGCCGGAAACAGCUCACGAUGUUUCGACGGCAGUCAAGAUAUUUGUCGCCCAGGCAUGCCCCUUCUCCAUCAAGUCCGGUGGGCACACGCCAUGGGCAGGCGCCAACGAUAUCGACGGCGGUAUUGCUAUAGAUUUCAGCAAGAUGAACGACACCGCCGUGUCUGAUGACCGUUCCUAUGUACGCCUGGGCCCCGGGGGCACUUGGCACAAUAUCUAUAAGCAGCUAAACGGUACCGGGCUUGCUUUCCCUGGGGGACGUUGUCCCGGGACUGGUGUUGGAGGACUUACACUCGGCGGUGGAUACUCAUGGUUUACCGGCAGAGUUGGUUUCGUUGCGGAUAAUAUCAUCAACUACGAAAUCGUCCUGGCCAACGGCGACAUUCGGAAUGUGAACGCUACCGACGACGCUGACCUUUACCUAGCCCUCAAGGGUGGAAGUAACAACUUUGGGGUCGUCACACAUUUCGAUCUGAGCGUUUUUGAGCACAGACAGCGCAUCUACGGCGGUCUUGCGAUCGUCCCUAUUAACGUUACAGACGCUGUCCUCGAGCGGUUCAGUGAGCUUGUCUCAGCAAGCAAGGACUUUCCCGAGUCGGACGCGACACUUGAAUUCUUUCUCAACGGCACCAACGCAGCCGGUCAGCAAAUCUUGCUGUGGCUUAGCGACACCGACGAUACCAACUUGAAUGGCCCUCAUGAGGCUUUGCAGCCGCUCCUUGACCUGGAGCCCAAAAUCCUUGACAGAGUUGGCGUGACAACUUUGGUGGAUUAUCCGCAUGAUGUCCCACCAGUCACUAGGGUGCUCAUGACGACGGCUACUUUCGUUAAUGCCCCGUCCGUCGUUCAAGGCGUGCAUCAACUGACGCUCGAUCAUUUUGAGAAAAGCUUCUCAGGCAUACCAAACCUAGUAUUCGAUUUUCAAUACACCCCUAUUCCACGUCAUGUCACAGAGCAGAGCCUGGUGAGAGGCGGUAAUAUCAUGGGUCUAAACGACACAACUGAUGAUCUUAUAAUCGUACUGUUGAUGCCGCUUUGGCAAGAUGCUGCAUAUGAUGAUGAUAUUUAUGCCUUGUCGCAGGAUUGGCUUAGGUUGAUCCAUGACUACACGAACAGUGUUGGCGCUGGAAGCCCUUUUGAGUUUGUCAACUACGCAGCGCCUUUCCAGGACCCAAUGGCCAGCUAUGGGGACAGUAACCUUGAGUUCCUAAGAGGCGUCAGUGAAAAAUACGAUCCGGGCAGAGUGUUCCAGAAACUGGUUCCUGGAGGUUUCAAGCUGGGUAUUUGA